AUGUCUUCGAUUCACUUCAUCUCACUACUCUCCACCUUUCUUGCUAAUCCCGUACGUUCGGCAUCUAGGAUCCGGAAAGUCAAAUGCGACGAGACCAAACCCGCAUGUCUUCGAUGCACCAAAACAGGCCGGAAAUGUGACGGCUACUUGCCGGCUCCCAAGCAGGGGAGCAGUAUAGAUGGCAGUCCCGGUUCCGACGACAGCAACUCACGCUUAAGCCCGGCAGUCUCAAUCUUUGCUGACUGGGCCGGCGGCUCCAGGGAACAGCGCGCCUUUGACUUCUACCGCAACUUCUCCGCCCCAUCCAUCUUCAGCGACGGAGUGGCAUCGACCCUGUGGAAGAAACUGGUGCCGCACUUUUGUCAUGCCGAGCCUGCCAUCCGGCAUGCGGUCCUUGCCAUCAGCAGUCUGCAUGAAGCGCUCGCGCUGCCUCGAGAUUCUGAUUCAAAUACUGAAGAAGCAAACGGCCCUCGUGUGAUCACCAAUACUUUUGCAGCGGAGCAAUACGGCAAGGCCUUGAAGUGUCUUCAGGAGUGGAAACCAACAGACUCAUCGCCAGCCACGGUGCCGCUGCUGGCAUGUCUGCUGUUUAUAUGCAUUGAGUUCAUGCUCGGCGAUGAAGGCGCAUCCCAGUUGCACAUUAACCAAGGCCGCACUAUUCUCUCGCAACUUGAGCCCUCUGCCGGUGUGGACAUGAUCAAGAAACAUUUCGUGCCCAUCUAUAGUCGACUGGGCCUCGCAUCCUUCCUCUUUGGGAGCUUCCCCGCCGCUAUACCUGCCACCCUUCAAUCGAGCCCCGCGACAAAUCUAUACUUUGCCACCAUAGACGAGGCCGAAGUGGCCUUGUACGAGCUGAUCGAUGACGGCUUGAGAUUCACGGCGCAAGCAAAGAGGGCCGUAUACUCCUGCCAGCCAGACGACCCGACACUACUGGACUUGGCUCACGAGCAAGACGACUUCCUCGCGAGGCUAUCACGAUGGCACAUUGCCUUUGUCGUCAUCUCCGCCACCGGCCCCGACGAAACGUUCAGCAAAGGGAAGCUCUGCAUGGUGUAUUACCACGCAGCCAGGAUCGCCAUCAGCACAGCCAUGGACCACAAGGAGAUUGCAUUUGAUACGCACGUGACGGCCUUUGCGUCCAUUGUCAGCAACGCGGCGGACUUUGUACAGGCUACACGCAAGGCGGCAGCCCGUGACCCGUCCGAGGCUGCCAGGUCGAUACCCAAGUUUGUCUUCGACACCGAGGUCAUCCCGCCGCUGUACUAUGUCAGCAUCAAAUGCCGACACCCGAUGCUGCGGCGAACGGCCGUUACUAUGCUCAAACAAGAUGCCGUGACGAACCGGAGGGAGAACCUAUGGGACGCCCAGAUGUUGGCCGAGAUCGGCAAGCGCUGCAUAAGCAUCGAGGAGGAGGCAGCUCGGUAUAGAGAGGAGGCGUUUGAUAUUACAGCCGGAUGGGAUACAGCAUCUUGGGAGGGGUCUGAUGGAGUGCCGACUGGCCUCUUCCCGGCAGAGAUAGAAUCCGGGAUGGGGUGUGAUUACCCGGUGCCUCGCUUUCAGUAUCCGCAAAUUCCCAAACUCACGAAUUCGCAACAAAAUGAGGAGUACGAGAGAACAAGGAUUCUUGUCAACGAUCUGAUGCUUGAUAAGAACUUGACACCCGGAUCUGUGUCCACCGGAUCCACGCCAUCCUCGGGAAGCAUCGGCAAUUUUGGCGCCUAUCGGCUCGAGCCGCCCUUUGGCCUGCCCGAACACUCGAGAAUCAAGAACGCGCUGAUUGACAAUGAGCAGAGACGAGGUAGCUGGGUGACGAUAUUUAUGGAUCCAGAGGAGGCCGGGGCUGCGAAUUGGAAGGUUACGAAGGAGUUCAUCUCAAGGUGA